GCCCGAGCGCAGCCGAGUCAGGGACCCUCCCCUCCCUUCCCUUCCCUUCCCCUCCCGCUGGCUGGCCGGGGGCGCAGCGCCAGUCCCCGCCGAAGCGCCAGUCCCCGCCGAAGCGCCAGUCCCCGCCGAAGCGCCCUCUCGCCGCCCCGCAGGAUGUGGAAGCUGGUGCCCGCCGCAGGACCAGGAGAGCCAUAUCGACUUUUAGUUGGUACGGAAUACAUUGUCGGGCGCAAAAACUGUGCAAUUUUAAUUCAGGAUGAUCAAUCAAUCAGUCGAAGUCAUGCAGUUCUGACAGUAAGUCAUCCUGAAGCAGCCCUUAGCCAGUCUCUCUCAGUCCCUCUAUUAACGAUAAAAGAUACCUCCAAGUAUGGUACAUUUGUUAAUGGAUCAAAACUGAAUGGCACUUCAAGGACUUUGGAGUCUGGUGACAGAGUCAAUUUUGGUGUCUUUGAGAGCAAGUUUAGAGUAGAAUAUGAAUCUUUAGUUGUCUGCUCCUCAUGUUUAGACAUCUCUGAAAAAACUGCUUUGAAUCAAGCCAUCCAGCAGCUUGGAGGCCUUGUCACAAAUGAAUGGACCACUGAGUGUACCCACCUUGUCAUGGUGUCAGUAAAAGUUACUGUUAAGACUAUAUGUGCAUUGAUUUGUGGUCGACCAAUUAUAAAACCAGAGUUUUUUGUUGAACUAAUCAAAGCUAUUCAGUCCAGACAACAAUUGCCAGCUCCUGAAAACUUUUAUCCCCCAUUUGAUGAGCCUUCCAUUGGCACUGAAAAACUGGAUCUAUCUGAGCAUCAUGAAAGAAAAAAGAUAUUCAGUGGAAAAACUUUCCUGUUUCUAACUGCCAAGCAGCACAAGAAACUGAGUCCAGCAGUUAUACUUGGAGGAGGAGAAGCAAAAUUGAUGACAAAGGGCAGAGAAGAUACUUCUUUACUGGUUGCUCCUGAAGUUUGUGUUGUUGAUGUUGGGCUGACAAACUCACAGAUCCCAGGAUCUGAGUCUGUGGGAAGCUGGACUGAUUCCAUUCUGACUGUUCUGCAGAGCAAAGAUCUAAGGGCUAUUCCCGAGGCAGAAAUUGGAUUGGCAGUUAUCUUCAUGUCUACAGAAAGAUACUGCAACCCUCAAAAGCAGCCUGGUGACAAAGCUGCAACUAAAACUACUCCUGCAUCAGCUGUUCUAGGGCCAGCCAUUUCUCAGAGUUUGAUUGUGGCUGAAACCGUAAUGCCAGCUACUAUGGAUGAUAGCACAGUAUAUGUAGCUGAUACAGAGCUAGAAGAGCUAACAUGUAUGGAGGUAGUGAAAACUUCCCAGGUGGACAGAAAACAGAAAAUGGCUUUCCACGAUACAACCACUGUAAAGGAAAAGCCUAGUACAAGUGGCAAUGUAAAUACAGGAACAUUGAUAUCUAGAAUGAACAGAGCAUCUGGAUUUAGCCAAAAAAGUCAUCCUCUAUCACCAUGUAAAUUUUCAGAAGUGGGUAAACCUAAAGAGAGUGCUUCACAUCAGCAGUCUAACUCAAUUAGAGAUUACUUCCCGGUAGCUAGAGGGAAAAGGGAAAGAACUGAAGAAGGAGAAGAAACAUCCGUACCUAAGCUAGCAAAAUUGGAGGAAAGGUUGUCGCCUCUUUCCAAGCAUACUCAACCCACAGCUUCUUCAGUGGGGAACAGCAAAGAACAGUAUCAAAAGGAAAACAACACCCUGGACCAAAAACCAAAUUUUGCGUUAGAAGAAACAGGUAUCAAGCUUUUGAGGAAAAGUGGCAAACCAACAAGUGAUAAAAUUGAAAAUAAUGAAAAGCAUGCAUCAAAGAAGAGAAAGGAGUUGGAUGAUUCCUCUGAAGAUACAGAAGCACUAGAAAUUGUGUUUGGAAGCAGAGACCUAGACUGGGAAGAUGAAAUGGGAUGUCAUGGCCAGAAAUCCCAAGGCAAUGUACAAAAAAAAAGAUGUUUGGAAGCCAAAGGAAGCAGAUUUGAAGAAGUAAAACAAAGAGAGGAGAGUAAAAUACUGAAGGAAGAUGAACUUGGAUCGGUUCUAACUUCAGCAAAGAAAAAUGAAAUCAAGCAAGAGUUGCCAAUCUUGAACGACAGCAAACUUCAAAAUGACUCCAGUAAUCUUCCUAGCAGACUUCUGUUGACUGAGUUCAGAUCGCUGGUUGUCAGCCAUCCAAUACAAAACAGUCAGCUCUUUGCAAAUACCAGUUAUGGGGGACAGAAAAAUUUCAAGAAGUUCAAAAAGGUAGCUUAUCCAGGGGCAGGACAACUUCCAUUCAUUAUUGGAGGAUCAGAUUUGAUUGCUCACCAUGCUAAAAAGAAUUCAGAGCUGGAAGACUGGCUAAGGCAAGAAAUGAAGAAACAGAAUCAACAGGCAAGAGAAGAAUCACUUGCUGAUGAUCUCUUUAGAUACGAUCCUAAUGUGAAAAGGAGAAGAUAAAUUGUGACCGGAAUUUAUAGCACUUUUCUAGCUAAA